AUGGGUAGCACAGAAAAUGCUUAUUGUCGUCUCUGCGCUGUCUGUAAGCCUCAAGACAAGCUCGUAGACUUACAAAUAGAUCAGGUAAAAAGAAAUUUCAUAGUAAACAAACUGAAACUACUCGACUGUCAGUUGGAUUUUAGUGAAAAUAUUCUGCCCAAGACUGUUUGUUUACUAUGUAUUAACGCACUGACACACGCAUCUGACUUUGUAGUCGCCGUGGAACAAGCUCAACGUGUAUUAAAAGAUGUAAUUAUAACGCAGCCUAUAAAAAAAGAGUCCGAUAAUUCUGACUGUGACGAAACAUUCGUUUAUGAAAUGUUAGAAGAGAAAUACGAAGAUAAUAUUACUGUAAAAUCAGAGUCCGAUAACGAAGCUAGUGCUGCCCAAAACAAAGCUUUAAUAAACCAUACGGGAACUACGAAAAAUGGGAAAACAAAGAAAGUAUCAGAUUUAGACUCCAUACCACUCUCGCAACUAAAACUGACCUGGGAGGACUACUUCUGGACCUGUUCGUACUGCGAGACUCAAUUCGCUACUGUUACAGACCUUAUUAGCCAUUCUAUGAAGUACCAUAAGUCUUGUAAUGCAUAUUGUUGUAACGAUUGUAAUGUUAAAAAGUUAAGACAUAGUAUGGAUAUGGCAAAGAGAAAAUAUACACCAGGUGACCUUUGCCCUUUAGAUGAAACUACAGGUAAAGUUAAAAAUUCUGAAAUGGAUAAAAUUUUGGAAUGGAAAAACAAAAUAUUAGUUAAUACGAAACCAGGUAGACCUAAAACGGAUAAAGUUAGUGUUGUGAUAGAAAUCAAAAACUAA